AUGUCUUUCCCCGCACACGAUCUCAGCUCUCAGUUCAACUUUGCAAAGGAGGAGGAAAAGGUCAUCGAGUUCUGGCGCGAGAUCGAUGCUUUCCAGACCAGCUUGAAGCUCUCUGAGGGUCGGCCAGAGUAUUCCUUCUACGAUGGCCCGCCUUUCGCCACUGGCCUGCCGCAUUACGGACAUUUAUUGGCCGGGACGAUCAAGGAUAUUGUGACACGACAUGCACACGUCUCCGGAUACCACGUUCCUCGUAGAUUCGGCUGGGAUACCCACGGUCUGCCCGUCGAGCACGAGAUCGACAAGAAGCUCGGCAUCAAAUCCCGUCAGGAUGUGAUGGACAUGGGCGUCGACGCGUACAACGCCGAGUGCCGUGCCAUCGUCAUGAGGUAUUCCGGAGAAUGGAGGGCUACUGUGGAGCGCAUGGGUCGCUGGAUCGACUUCGACAAGGACUAUAAGACCCUUGACCUUACUUUCAUGGAGAGCGUCUGGUGGGCCUUCAAGCAGCUCUUCGACAAGGGCAUGGUCUACCGCGGUCUGCGUGUCAUGCCUUACUCUACCGGUCUCCUGACUCCACUAUCGAACUUCGAGGCUGGACUGAACUACAAGGACGUAAAUGAUCCUGCAGUCACCGUCUCUUUCCCACUCGUCGACGACCCCAAAACCGCGCUUCUCGCAUGGACCACCACGCCAUGGACACUUCCCUCCAACCUCGCCCUUUGCGUGCACCCCGACUUCACAUACAUCAAGAUCCAUGACCAAGAGCGCAAUACGAACUUCAUCCUUCACGAGAAGUUGCUCAAAACGCUAUACAAAGACCCCAAGAAGGCCAAAUUCAAGAAGAUUGGCGAGUUCAAGGGCUUGGAUAUGAAGGGCUGGCGCUAUGUGCCUAUGUUUGAGUACUUCACGGAGAAGUUCGAGGACAAGGCGUUCCGUGUGUGCUGCGACACCUACGUCACUGAGGACAGUGGUACCGGUAUUGUUCACCAGGCCCCGGCCUUUGGUGAAGAUGAUCAACGUGUUGUGCUCGCGCACGGUAUCCUGUCUGCAGAGGAUAUGCCUCCCGACCCUAUCAACGACGCCGGCCUCUUCACCGAUGAGGCUCCCGACUUGAAGGGUCUGUACGUCAAGGAUGCAGACAAGGAGAUCAUGAAGAUCCUCAAGGCAAAAGGACGCCUGAUUGUGCAAUCCCAGAUCAUGCACUCGUAUCCCUUCUGCUGGAGAUCCGGCGCCCCUCUACUCUAUCGCGCCAUCCCUGCAUGGUUCGUGCGCGUCACACCUAUCGUCGACGAGCUCGUCAAGAACAACAAGGAGACGCUAUGGGUGCCACAAAACAUCGGAGAUGGCCGCUUCGGUAACUGGAUCGCCAACGCUCGGGAUUGGAACAUCUCGAGGAAUCGCUACUGGGGAACGCCUAUCCCGUUAUGGGCGUCCGAGGAUUUCGAGGAAAUGAUACCUGUGGGCUCGGUUGAAGAGCUCGAGCGCCUGUCGGGUGUCAAGGGUAUUACCGACCUGCAUCCCGAUAAGAUCGCCCAUAUCACUAUCCCUUCACAGAAGGGCAAGGGCGAUCUUAAGCGUAUCGAAGAGGUGUUCGACUGUUGGUUCGAAUCAGGAAGCAUGCCUUAUGCUCAGCAGCACUACCCCUUCGAGAACAAGGAGCUCUUUGAGAAGACCUUCCCGGCGAACUUCAUCGCGGAAGGUAUUGACCAGACUCGUGGUUGGUUCUACACGCUCCUGGUGUUGUCGACACAUCUGUUCGGGAAGGCACCGUGGAAGAACCUCAUCGUCACCGGCUUGGUUCUUGCAGAAGACGGCAAGAAAAUGUCCAAGAGCUUAAAGAACUAUCCUGACCCCAUGAACAUCGUGAAUACGUAUGGCGCUGACGCCACCAGGAUGUACCUCGUCAACUCUCCCAUCGUUCGUGGCGAUAACCUUCGCUUCCGUGAGGCUGGUGUCCGCGAGACCGUCUCACGUGUGCUUCUACCGUGGUUGAAUGCUUUCCGCUUCUUCCUCGGUCAGGUUGCUCUUCUCGAGAAGUCGACUGGCCACAAGUUCAUGUACGAUGCGCAUGCGCCCGUAUCGAACAACGUCAUGGACCGCUGGAUUCUCGCUCGAUGCCAAUCGCUUAUCGCACUUGUCAAGCAGGAGAUGGCCGCCUACCGUCUAUACACCAUCAUCCCACGCCUUCUUGACCUCAUUGAUGAGCUGACGAACUGGUACAUCCGCUUCAACCGUAGGAGAUUAAAGGGCGAAGACGGCAAGGAAGACACCGUCGCUGCCCUCAAUACUCUCUUCGAGACGCUCUUCACGCUCUGCAGGACAAUGAGCUCUUACACCCCAUUCGUCACGGAGAACAUCUACCAAACUCUGCGUACGUUCAUUCCUGAGGAUCCCAAGGCUGGCGACACGAGGAGUGUUCACUUCUUGCUCUUCCCCGACGUCAAGGAGGAGUACUUCGACGAGGUCAUCGAGCGUCAGGUGAAGCGUAUGCAGACGGUCAUUGAGCUUACGCGCAAUAUCCGCGAACGUCACAAUAUCUCCCUCAAGACACCUUUGAAGGAGUUGCUCGUCUUCCACGCUGAUCAGGAGUACCUCGACGACUGCCGUUCAUUACAGCGCUAUAUCCAAUCUGAGCUCAACAUCCGCGAUGUCAUCUUCACCUCAGACGAGCAGGCGUCGGGUGUGCGGUACCGUGCCGUAGCAGACUGGGCCGUGCUCGGACGCAAGCUGCGCGCGAACCUCGGCAAGGUCAAGAACGCUCUGCCUUCGCUCACAAGCGACGAGGUGAAAGCGUACGUGUCCAGUGGCAAGGUCAUCGUCGCGGGUAUCGAACUUGUCAAGGGCGACUUGACUGUGCAGCGGUACAUCGAGCUCCCGUCCGAUGGAUCUGGCCAAUUCGCCACCCACACAGACGCGGACGUCGUCGUGCGCUUGGAUAUCCAGGAGCAUGCGGACCUCAAGAGCGAGUGGUUGGCGCGUGAGCUUGUGAACCGUGUUCAGAAGCUGCGUAAGAAGGCCGGGCUGCAGGCGACGGACGAUGUCCGCGUGUUCUACGCGUUUGAGGCAGGCGAGGGAGAUGAUCUGCGCGCGGCGAUGAACGAGUACAGUGAGAUGUUGGCGCGUACAGUGCGCAAUGUUCCGGAGGACGUUUCCGGGCGCGCUGCCGGCGCCUCGGUACUCAUCGAGGAGGAGCAGGAGAUCGCGGAGACCAAGUUCAACUUGUCGCUCGUUCGUUUGUAG